AACAUUUGGUUUUUAGUUGUGUUUAUUUACUUAAUCUUCAAAUUUUCUAUAUAUAUACAUGUAUGUAUCACUAUUAUUAAACUCAAAUUUAAGUGCAUAAAUUAUUUAAAUGAUAAAAAAAAUAGAAAAUUAUACUAUUUUUUGAUGAAAUUAAAAUCCCAUUCAGACAUAGAGUAUUUAUCUUUAAUUUAUGUAACAUUAAUAAUCUUAAGAAAAAUAUAACUUUCAAAUUUAUCUGUUGUAAAUUUUUUAAUACUUUAUUUGUAGUAAUAUAAGAUUCAUUAAGAUACAUUUAACACGUGGAAUGAUCAAUUUAAAUUUUCAGUUGAAAUAGUAAUUUAAAUAUAUCAUUUGAAUAUGUUUUUGCUAUAAUAUACUGUUUAGUGUUUACAUUUCAUUAUCACCUUAAAAUGCCUUUAAACUGUCCUUAGUGUAUUUAGAAUAUUACAGAAAGUAGUAUCUUUUGCAUGCUUUUAUUAAUAAAGUUUUACUAUAUAAUUGCAUAUUCAAUUAAAAUUGAAAAAUGUUUAAGAAAAAGAAAACACAAGAUGAUAAUAAUGCGACAUAUUUUAUUGGAGGUACUGCAGUAGGAAUGGCUGCUGGCCUGUUACUUGGAAAAGUACUUUCAAGAACAUCAAUUGUAAGAACUCAAAAUUUUGAACUUGAAGCUCCUGUCAAAAAAAGUACAAAUAAGGAUGAUAAAGAACAGUAUAAAGAAGAUCCAACACCCACAACUUCUUUUGAGGCAAUGAAUAGUGAUUUCAAGAAUAAUAUUAAUGAUUUAGCUGUAGAGAAAAAGUACAACAAAAAUCUACAAAAAGUACUUUACAAUAAUAACAAUUGCAUGUUACAUAAUAUAAGUGUGGAAGAUAAUAUUGGAUAUAACUCAUCUAGCAAAAUCUACUUAGAAGAUUGUAAAAAAGAAAAGAAAGAUAGCAUCUGGCAAUUUUCUGAAUCUAGUAGCGUCAAAAGAGAACCAUUCUAUACUGAUGAACUAGAAUGUAAUGCAGAAUAUGAUACAAGAGAUAAAGAUUAUUCAGAAACAACAAAUACUAAAAAUUCUAGUAAUUCAAAUAAAAAAAAUACAUCGAGGCAAGUAACCAUUCAUAAAAAUAUAGAAUUAUCAGAAACAUUUAAUAACUUGUCUAAUGAUUUUUAUAAUAAUAAUAAUACUAUUUACGAAAAUCUGCCAAACAUAAAACCUUCUAUGAUUAAUCUGAAUAUAUUACCAAGUUAUUUAGUAAAUGCUAGUAGUAUGGCCACAUGUAAUGAUACAUUUUUACAGUUUGAAGAUGAAGAAGAUGAUAAAAUUGUUAGUUUCAAAUCCUUUGAUGAAUUUAAUGAAAUUGAUGUACUCUCGUCUACGAAACAAAAUUAUUUAGAAAAUAGAGUGAUGCCGGUUCAUCAGAUCAAUGUUAAUCCGCCUGACUGGCAACCACCUCUGUCACUUGGUCCUUCCAAUAAUAAUAGCCCUGCUGGUGGUGAAGGUUUACCAGAAUGGACACCAAGAAUAUGUCACUGUGAAGGGGAAGAAGGUGCUCCUCUUUUAGCACCUUGCUACUGCAGUGGCAGUUUACGUUAUGUACAUCAAGCUUGUCUUCAGCAAUGGAUAAAAGCUUCGGACACACGUGCUUGUGAAUUAUGUAAAUUCACAUUUAUUAUGCAUGCUAAAACAAAGCCAUUUUGUGAGUGGGAAAAACUUGAAAUGUCUGCUCUAGAAGUUCGCAAAUUAUGGUGUACAGUUGCUUUCCAUGCAGUAGCUGCACUUUGUGUGGCUUGGUCUUUAUACGUACUUGUUGAACGAUCUGUAGAAGAAGCUCGACGUGGAUACGUAGACUGGUCUUUCUGGACUAAACUAAUAGUUGUUGUAAUUGGUUCUACAGGAGGCUUAGUUUUUAUGUACAUUCAAUGCAAAUCGUACAUUACACUAUGCAGAAAAUGGCGAGCAUUCAACAGAGUAAUAUUUAUUCAAAAUGCUCCUGAGAAAGUGGUGCUUCCUCCCUCACCUACAGAUUCUUUGAGAGAAGUAACAUUACCUUUAAAGGAUCCAACUGCCUCUAUGCCUGAGCUCAAUCAUACUUAUUACCCUAUUUCUAAAAUUUCAGCACUAAUCCAAGAUCAUAUCGGUAUAAUAAUGGCGGACAAUGAUGCUUUGGAUUAUGAAGAUGAGGAACAACCGAACAAGUAGUCGAUGGAAGCGGGGACAUACCUGCUAAGAAAGAAUAAGGGGACAUAUGUAUCUAUUCACAGUAGUGGAUUUAGGGAUUUUCUGUCUGAAACCUGAAUAUUACGUGCAAUUGUUGACUGUGGUUUUGAACAUCCUUCUGAAGUACAGCAUGAAUAUCCUCAAGCAGUGCUUGGCAUGGAUAUAUUAUGUCAAGCAAAUGGUAUGGGAAAAAACAGCUGUAUUGUAUUAGCAACACUGCAACAAUUAGAGUUAACUGAAAAUCAAGUUUAUGUUCUUGUAAUGUGCCACACGGCGAGAACUUGCUUUCAAAUGCAGGAAUAUGAAAGAUUUAGCAAGUACAUGCCUCAUGUAAAGGUUGGAGUAUUCUUUGGUGGCUUGCCAAUUCAAAAAGACGAAGAAGUAUUAAAGAACACAUGCCCUCAUAUUGUUGUGGGUACACCAGGUCGUAUCCUCGCUCUCGUACGAAAUAAAAUUAACCUAAAGCAUUUGAAACACUUGAUUCUUGACGAGUGUGAUAAAUGCUUGAAUUGUUUAGACAUGCGUAGAGAUGUACAGGAAAUAUUUAGAAGCACUCCACACGGCAAGCAAGUCAUGCUGUUCAGCGCUACAUUGUCCAAGGAGAUACGUCCUGUCUGCAAAAAAUUUAUGCAAGAUCCCAUGGAAGUCUAUGUGGACGAUGAAGCGAAGCUCACAUUACAUGGUCUACAACAGCAUUAUGUGAAACUAAAAGAAAAUGAAAAGAACAAGAAGCUAUUUGAAUUACUUGAUGUUCUUGAAUUUAAUCAGGUUUGCCUAGAGAGAUAUAGAUUACACUAUAUUAUUAUUACAUUUUCAUUUGAAAGUUUCAAUAAUAUAUUAGCUACUGCAAUUUUCUCCUUUAUGUUAUAUUAUUCUAUAGGUGUUAUCUUUGUAAAAUCUGUACAAAGGUGUAUGGCUGUGGCACAACUAUUGACCGAACAAAAUUUUCCCGCCAUUGGUAUUCAUAGAGGAAUGACUCAAGAAGAACGAUUAUCGAGAUACCAGCAGUUCAAAGAUUUUCAAAAAAGAAUUCUUGUAGCUACAAAUUUGUUCGGACGUGGCAUGGAUAUCGAACGUGUAAAUAUAGUAUUCAAUUAUGAUAUGCCAGAAGAUUCGGACACAUACUUACAUCGUGUAGCUAGAGCUGGUCGUUUUGGUACUAAGGGUCUUGCAAUUACAUUAGUCAGUGAUGAAAGUGACGCUAAAAUAUUAAAUGACGUACAAGAACGAUUUGAUGUUAAUAUCACAGAAUUACCGGAUGAAAUAGAUUUAGCUUCAUAUAUUGAAGGACGAUAAAUAUAAUUCCAUUUCCGAAACAUAAGUUAUGAAUUUCAUUCAAGUACACGAACUGUAACACUCCACUGAUCAUUGUGCAUCCGCAUUAAAUAUAAGUCAUAUUUUGUAUCAAUUUACACAACUUCUUUUCCAUUGAUCUGACAAACUUCAAAAAUAAGUGACGUAAUAGAAUUAUUAUAGCUGAAUUAUUAUUCUUUUAAUAAAUAAUUCAUGUUAUCACUGUAUAAUAAUAUUUAAUUUUUACUCCACGUUUAGUCGCUAAAACUGGUGUGUAUAAAUAGCAUUAAGAAAUUAGAUUUUACGCGUGUCUUCACUUAUAUGUAAAUGAAAUAAAUUUUUUCUUUUAUAGAUAAUAACUAA